AGAUUACGAUCUCAUAUAAAUAGAAUCACAUUUCUUGCUUUUGCGAACCCUCGCCUGCGCUAAAACUCGAUCGACUGCGGCUUUGAAAUUGAUCUGCUGAUGGGGCACUCUAACAUAUGGAAUUCUCACCCUAAGACCUACGGCCCUGGUUCGCGCACCUGCCGUGUGUGUGGGAACUCUCAUGGUAUAAUCAGGAAAUAUGGUCUCAUGUGUUGCAGACAGUGUUUCCAUAGCAAUGCUAAGGAAAUUGGUUUCAUUAAGUAUCGUUAAGGGGUUUUGAAGGUUUGAGUAAAGAAGAGAUGAAAAUUUACUAAAGUGGAAGGGUUUUAUGAGCUUUUUUAUAUUUAGUAUGUUUGUGACUUCUUGAUUGCUCUCUUCAAUUUAAGGCAUUUUUGUUUUGAUAUUGAAUGUAUUUGGUGGACAUGAAAACCAUUUGUUUUUUUAAAGUAAUGGGAAGCUUAGUUUGAGAAUUUUUAUA